AUGGGAAACAGAAGAGAAGGAGAGAGAGUGAACGAGUGGAACUAGCUGAAGUGACUCAAGCAUUGCUCUGAGCUUCGCUACAUAGCUGCAGACUGCUGCCUGAGGAUCUAAGCACCACGCCAGGAAUCUUACCAAGUGAUUGCAAGUAUCGGUCAUCAUGAAAAUUGCUGUGCUUAUCGUGUGUCUUUUCACCGUUGCCUUGGCCUUACCAAUCAGCAAAUCGACACAUCAUGACGAUUCUAGGAGUGCAGAAAGAAAACAUGACUCCAGAGAAAAUGAAGCACACGCACACCACCACCACCACAAUUCACACAGCCAUGAACACAGUCAAGAGCAUGGAAACAGCCAUGAACACAGUCAAGAGUCACCAGAACAUGCAUCUUCUCAACUGAACUCUCAGUCUUUGGAAGAUCGUGAUGAGAUCACUGAGCAACAGACUCUUUUGGCAUCUUCCAGCAAAAGUAAUGAAGACGAUGAUAAUCAUAGUGAUGUUUCCAAAGACGACGAUCAUCCAGAUUCAGAUGAAUCAGAUGAGUCUCAUGAAAACUUCACUGACUUUCCCACUCAGGCUCCUGUUACUUUUGAUUCCGUCACAUACAGAGGAGACGUCGCACCUUAUGGAUUCGGGGCAAAAGAUGACCAGAUGAGUUUGGAGAGGUCUGGAAAGUUUGAUUCUCAAGAUGUUUCAGAUGAAGUUGACAGCACCCCAGAUGACGAGAGCCAUGAAUACGCCAAGGCACGUUCUCUGGAAAGCCAUGAAGGAGAUGACAAAAGUAACCUGAGGGACAGCAAUGAAGUCCACAGUGCAUCUCAUGACACAAGCCUAGAGGACCACAGCCCAGAGAAAGCCGAGAGUGUAGAGGACAGCCAUGACCACAGCAAAGUUUCCGUUUCCCUGGAAAGCACUGAAAGCGGAGAGCAGAAAAAAGAUCACAGCGAGGAACUCCAACAGUUAGACAGCAAUCCCGAUGACGUCAGCAACCAAAGUUUGGAAAGCGCCGAGAAUCACCACAGCGCUGAAGAUCACCACAGUGUUGAACAUCACGAUAGUGUUGAGGACAAUGAGGUCAUCCUCUAAAGGGUAGAGCAAGAUAGGCCAAUACUUAUCUGAGAGAGCUCUCCAGACUUUUUGCAUGUAUGGGCCCAACUAAGACCAAAGCCCAACUCCAUCACCAGUGUUUUUGUUUUGCUGAGUUGCAAAAAAAAAGAAAAGAAAAAAGAGUGAGAAGGGCAACGCAACUUUGACUUGAAUGUUUGUUCCCAAUUAUAUAGACAUAAUUCGGAUUUCAAGCCGUAGCGAUUAUAAUUAGCAGCAAAUGUAAAUAUGCUGCCUGAUCCUGUUCAUGCUUAUUUGGGAGUCAAUCUGAUAGAUCUUCAGCAGACUUUGCUCCAAAUAAACAUGCUUGGGAUAUUAGUGUUAAAUGAACGAUAAUAGUAGUCAUGAUGAUUAGAGAAUAUUAAGCCCUUCUCGGUGCGUUAAGUCCUGCUCUGUCUCACAGUAGCUUGCUCUGAAGGAGAGAGAGAAAUGCUUGGGAAAAUCUAGUUUUACAUUCCCACUGAUUUUUGUGUAUCUUACAAUGCUGUACUUCUGAAAUGUUUAAUAUUGCAGUGUAUAUUUUGUUGACAGUUGUGAGUUAAAUAAAGUGACAAAACUUUA